AUGUCUCCGACUCUUUACACCUUUGGCGGCUCCGUAUGGUCCGCGGCUCCCGAGCUUGCCAUUGCUGAACUCUACCCUGCAAAUACUAUCGCUACCAAGACUGUCAAUCUUGUGAAUGGCGAAAACUUUGAUCCCUCAUUCAUUGACGUCAACCCUUCUGCCACCCUUCCAACCCUCACCGCCAACGGAAAGUCCUACCUAAGCACCACAGACGUGAUCUCAUACCUCGUCGCCAAUGCUCCAAAACCGCUCUCUACCCCCAUCUCCCACAAAGCAAUCAUCAAACAGGUCCAUGAAGGCCAAUACGAUCCCAACUUUGCGCUGCUCCUUGUUCGUGAUGAUGCUGAGCUUGUUGCCAAAGCUGGCGCGUUGCCCAAAACCUUUGUAGAGAACCGCCAAGCUGCCCUUGUCAAGCACUCCCAAAAUCCUGCUAAUUCCCGACAUGCAGUUUUCUACGCCGAAAAGCUUGCAGAGAACGGGGCGCUCCUUGACAUAUACACGGGUACAAAUAAAGAUCCCUCUAUAUUUUACGCCCAGUCCCAGGAACAUUUUGCCAACGUCAGAUCCUAUCUCUAUACUACCCUCCCUACUGUUCUUCCUGCUGACGGAUUUAUCGCUGGAGCGACUCCAGGCGAAGCCGAUUUCCAUGUCGUUGCAUGGCUAACCCGUAUUUCUGCUACGUCCGGAGCGAUCAGUGCUACCGAUGCUCUUGCGGCCUUGGAGAAGAGCUUUGGUGAGCCUCUUCCGGAGAUCGUGAGGAAAUACGCCAGGAGUUGGAUAGUGAGGGACAGUUGGAAGAAAGUGUAUGCUGAAGGAUUACAUUAG